GUCAGAAAGUGGAGGAGGUGCGUGUCUGAGGAGGAGGAGGAGCUCAGCCUCUCCUCCCUUUGCGUGUCUUCAGUGUGUCCGUGGGUUCCGCGGCAGCCGGAGUGGAGAAGCGGUUGCAGAAACUCAGCCUGCACCUGAACGCACCUGCGAUGCUCCUGGAUGCGCCUGUCCGCGCUCUCCUCCUUCUGAGCGGGGAAACUCUCCGAUGUGAGCUCGUCUGUGCGUAAAAGUGUCCGGCUCCGUCAUGGCUUAUCCUCAGGGGUUCCUCUUCCAGCCCCCCGUGUCCCUGGCUCUGCCCUUCAGCUCCGGGAUCAUCCUGGGUCAGAGGACCGAGGGCUCAGCCUUCGCUCCGUACUCCUCAUCCGCGACCUCCUCCCCCGGAUUCAGCUCCCACUCGCCGUACGGAGGAGAGCCGCGGGCCGCCGCCACCAUCAGCUCCUUCAUGAACCCGGGCUACGAUCCGUCCUCCGGCGUCUCCGGAUCCUUGGACUACCAUGCCUUCGGGCCCCUGGGGGCCUACCCGUACGGAGACCCGACCUACAGGAAGAACGCAACGCGGGACGCCACGGCCACGCUCAAGGCCUGGCUGAACGAGCAUCGGAAGAACCCGUACCCCACCAAGGGGGAGAAGAUCAUGCUGGCCAUCAUCACCAAGAUGACGCUGACGCAGGUCUCCACCUGGUUCGCCAACGCUCGGCGGCGGCUGAAGAAGGAGAACAAGAUGACGUGGACGCCGCGGAACCGGAGCGAGGACGAGGAGGAGGAGGAUGCCAUCGACCUGGAGCGCACCGAGGAAGACGACGAGCCACUGAAGCUGAUCGAGGAGGAGACGGAGCUGCGGAGCGACAGCGGCGUCCAUCACCCCUCCGCCUCAGAUUCCAGCCGGUUGGCGUUCCGGGAGGACCCCGGCAUCGACCGGGCCCCUUUGGACCAGAGGCUGCCCCAUGUUGCGGCCCCUCCUCACAGCGGGCCCCUGGAGGCCCUCAGAGCCUCUGAAACCAAGCGUACGUCAUCACCGAGCUCCUUGGAUUCUUGCGGCGCCACCCAGGGGCCGAACCCGGCCCCGAAGCCCAAAUUGUGGUCCCUGGCAGAAAUUGCCACGUCUGUGGACAAAAACACAGGAAGUAGCGAGUCGCCGCAGAGCAGGGGGCGGAGCUCUCUGAGCCACGGCCCCGCCCUGCCGAGGCACCUGUAUUACGCCUCCCCGUUCAUCCCUGGAUACUCCAGCUUCAGGCCGCUGGGGCCCCUGCAGGGCGGCUCACACAUUAACGGAUUACAGCAGAAGAUGCUGCAGCGGGCCGAGGCCGCAGCCAGGGACUGCCGACUGCGCAGCCAGAGCCAGACAGAGCUGCAGGAGCUAAAGAGAGGCAUGACGAACGUGUAGCUGCUCAGAGAAUCCUGCUGAACUUUGACCCCCCAGAGACAGUUUCACAGCUUUUCUAUGUUGAUCAGAUGUAACCUUUGUAGUGCGUUUCUGCACCCAACAUGACAUGUCAUUGAUUAAAAAAUAG